AUGAGCUCAAACUACAAGAAUCAGACAACUCCUAUGGAAUUCAUUCUGCUGGGAUUUAUAAAUAUCAAACAGGAAAAGAAUUUCCUCUUCUUCCUCUUCCUCACCAUGUAUGUCAUCUGCUUUUUAGGGAAUGCUGUCAUAAUCACUGUGGCCGUGCUCAGUCCAUCUCUCCACACUCCUAUGUAUUUCUUCCUCACCAACCUCUCUUUCAUAGAUAUCUGUUACAUCUCUGUGACUGUACCCAAAAUGCUAGUCGAUGUUUGGGCCACACCUCCAAGCAUUUCCUUCAUGGAAUGUGCUGUACAAAUGUGUUGCCUUCUCACAUUGGCAGGCACUGAAGGAUUCCUCCUGGCUUCUAUGGCACUUGACCGCUACUUUGCAAUAUGCCGCCCACUGAUCUACACCAGACUCAUGAAUACAUGGCUCUGCAUUCAGCUGUCUGCAAUGUCCUGGAUGUGUGGCUUCCUGAAUGCUUCCCUCCACACAGUACUCACCUUCCAUCUCUCUUUCUGCCAAUCAAAUCAGAUUAACCAUUUUUUCUGUGACAUUCCUCCAUUAUUGAGCAUCUCAUGUUCUGACACAUCAGCCAAUGAAGUAGCUCUUUUUACAACGGGUGUGUUUGUAGGCUUCAGUCCUUUUCUCUUCACUCUGGUUUCUUACAUUUUUAUCCUUCAUGUCGUUUUGAGUAGCCGACAGAAAGGGCAGCGCCAGAAAGCCAUUUCCACUUGUGCAUCUCACCUGACAGUCGUGAUUAUGUUCUUUUGCACUGGCAUCUUCACCUAUGCCCGUCCUACUUCCAGCUACUCUUUGGAAAAAGACCAGCUUGCUGGGGUUUUAUACAACAUCUUAACACCAACACUCAACCCUCUCAUCUACAGCCUACGGAACAAGGAAGUGAAAUUGGCAAUGAAAAAGUUAUUCCUUUCUAAAUUGUACAGCCUAUUUCAUCCCUAG